GGGAGCGCAAGGAGCCUCCGCUUCAGAGAUGCUGCCGCUGCUGCUUCCCCUGCUGUGGGCAGGGGCCCUGGCUCUGGAGGGCAUAUUCCAGCUGGAGGUGCCGGAGUCGGUGACGGUGCAGGAGGGUCUGUGCGUCUUUGUGCCCUGCACUUUCUUCUACCUGAGGCACACCGUCAUCAAGAUUGGCCUUGCUCAUGGCUACUGGUUCCGGGAAGGAGACAAUCCUCUACGGGAUGCCCCAGUGACCACAAAUGACCCUGCUCGACAAGUGCGGGAGGAGACGUGGGGUCGAUUCCACCUCCUGGGUAAUCCCAGGGAGAAAAACUGCUCCCUGAGCAUCAGAGACGCCAGGAGGAGGGACAGUGGUUCGUACUUCUUUCGUGUGGAGGAAAGAAUGAUGAAAUAUAAUUACAAAGAUCCCCAGCUCUCUGUGCAUGUGACGGCCCUGACCCACAGGCCCGACAUCCUCAUCCCGGGGGCCCUGAAGUCUGGCCGCCCCAGGAACCUGACCUGCUCUGUGCCCUGGGCCUGUGAGCAGGAGACACCCCCUAUCUUCUCCUGGAUUGGGACUUCUGUGUCCCCACUGAGCUCCACCACAGCCCUCUCCUCGGUGGUCACCCUCAUCCCACAGCCCCAGGACCACGGCAGCAGACUCACCUGUCAGGUGACCUUGCCCGGGGCCGGUGUAACCACGACCAGGACCGUCCGACUUGACGUAUCCUACCCUCCUCAGAACUUGACCUUGACUGUCUUCCAAGGAGACGGCACAGCAUCCACAACCCUGAGAAAUGGAUCAUCUCUUCAGGUCCUGGAAGGACAGUCCCUGCGCCUGGUCUGUGAUAUUGAUAGCAAUCCUCCCGCCAGGCUGAGCUGGGCCCACGAGAACCUGAUUCUAAGCCCCUCACAGCCCAACCCCGGGAUGCUGGAGCUGCUUCAAGUGCACCUCAGGAAUGAAGGAGAAUUCACCUGCCGAGCUCGGAACCCUCUGGGUUCCCAGCAAGUCUCCCUGAGGCUCUUUGUGCAGAGAAAAUCAGGGCCCAUGGCAGAGGUGGUUCUGGUGGCCAUCGGGGAGGCCGCUGUGAAGAUCCUGCUUCUCUUCCUCUGCCUCAUCAUCCUCAGAGUGAAGUCCCACCGGAGGAAGGCAGCAAAGGCAGCUACAGGUGUGGAGGCUGCAUAGGUUGUCAAAGGUUAAUCUCUCAGGCCUCCAGACUCUGCUUCCAGAUGCCUCCUCGUUCAGUGCCUCCACAGUAUGAAUGGCGGUGCUUCCUCUCCACUGCUGGAGAAUGAGGUGGAAACACCACAGCCUGGACUGAAGGCCCUACAUGGUCUGUCCCCUGCUGGACUUGGCUCCCCGAUGGUGUUCAAAUGGCCAAGCAGCACAUGAGAAAAUGCUCGGUAUUGUUACUCAUUUGAUGAAUGCAAAACCCAA